GCCUGUGUACUCUUCCACUAAGUACCACCCCUCUCAGGAUGAAGGUGGCUGUGGGCCCAGAUCCUUCCCUGGUCUACAGACCUGAUGUGGACCCAGAGGCAGCCAAAGACAAGAGCAGCUUCCGAAACUACACUUCAGGUCCCCUGCUGGACCGUGUCUUCACCACCUACAAGCUCAUGCACACCCACCAGACAGUAGACUUUGUCAGGAGGAAGCAUGCCCAGUUUGGAGGCUUCUCCUAUAAGAAGAUGACAAUCAUGGAGGCUGUGGGCAUGCUGGAUGCACUGGUGGAUGAAUCAGACCCAGACGUGGAUUUCCCCAACUCCUUCCACGCCUUUCAGACAGCAGAAGGCAUCCGGAAGGCCCACCCAGAUAAGGAUUGGUUCCACCUUGUUGGGCUCCUGCAUGACCUGGGGAAGGUCCUGGCUCUGCUGGGGGAGCCCCAGUGGGCAGUCGUUGGAGACACCUUCCCAGUUGGAUGCCGUCCCCAGGCCUCUGUGGUUUUCUGUGACUCCACCUUCCAGGACAAUCCCGACCUCCAGGACCCAAGAUACAGCACUGAACUUGGCAUGUACCACCCCCACUGUGGGCUUGACAAAGUCCUCAUGUCCUGGGGCCACGACGAGUACAUGUACCAGAUGAUGAAGUUCAACAAGUUCUCCCUACCCCUGGAGGCCUUCUAUAUGAUCCGAUUCCACUCCUUCUACCCUUGGCACACCGGUGGCGACUAUUGGCAGCUGUGCAGCCAGCAGGACCUGGCCAUGCUACCCUGGGUGCAGGAGUUCAAUAAGUUUGACCUCUACACCAAGUGCUCUGACCUGCCAGACGUGGAUGAGCUGCGGCCGUACUACCAGGAGCUCAUCGACAAGUAUUGCCCAGGUGUCCUGAGUUGGUAA